GCGCGCGCAGAGCUUGUCAGCGCCGGCGCGGGAACGGUCGCGGUAGCCGGCCCCCGACCCCCCGCCCGAGGACGCAGCCCGGCGCCACAGCACCCCGCCGCUGCGCUCGAUAUGGCCUGCCGGCCGCGAAGCCCCUCCGGCUGCGGGAGCCGCCGCGACGGCGACGCCAGCCCGCCGGCCCCCGCGAGGUGGAGCCUCGGACGGAAGCGCAGAGCCGACGGGAGGCGCAGGAAGCCCGAGGACGCCGAGGGCCCCGCGAAGCCGCCGGGCGACUGCAGACCCGACAGUUUUACCACUCCCGAGGGCCCCAAACCCCGUUCUAGAUGUUCAGACUGGGCAAGUGCAGUCGAAGAGGAUGAGAUGAGAACCAGAGUUAACAAGGAAAUUGCAAGAUAUAAAAGAAAACUCCUCAUAAAUGACUUCGGGAGAGAGAGAAAGUCCUCGUCGGGAAGUUCUGAUUCGAAGGAGUCGGGGUCCGCAGCACCAGCUGACUUAGAGACCGAUGAAAGCGUGCUCAUGAGAAGGCAGAAACAGAUCAACUACGGAAAGAAUACCAUCGCCUAUGACCGCUAUAUUAAAGAAGUCCCAAGACACCUUCGCCAACCUGGCAUCCAUCCCAAGACCCCCAACAAGUUCAAGAAGUAUAGUCGGCGAUCGUGGGACCAGCAGAUCAAACUCUGGAAGGUGGCGCUGCAUUUUUGGGAUCCUCCACCUGAAGAAGGAUGUGAUCUGCAAGAAAUACAUCCUGUGGACCUCGGGGAAAUGGAGACUGAAUCCGCAGAAAGCAGCUCUGAAUCCCAGACAAGCUCUCAGGAUAACUUUGACUAAAAAGGAACCCAUGAAAAUGUCAGCUGGUGGUAUCCUUAGUUUGGAUGAAGAGGAACCCUUGUCCCAGCUCAAGAAACAGAUUCUGAACAUGCCACCUGCCAAAUCAGAAGUUAGAGGGAGAUGGCUCAGGCCCAGGGGACAAGGGGAGGGGGGGCCAGACCACAAAGAUCAGAGGCAGGGGUCCUCCUGGUGGGAGGUCCUGGGGGGUCCAGGAGGAGGUGGUUCAGAGAUGGCUGGGUUUGCUAAAGGAAGAGAAGCCUGGCUGAGUACCUUAUUUCAUGCUGUGAACACCCAGAACUGUGUGUAUCCCUUACCCGCUCUACCAAGUCUGGACACAGCCACGGUGUCACUGUGCUCAGGAAAUGCCAUGUUGACAGAACACUGUCUCAUCAGCAUCCACAGUUGGGUUUUCUGGUUGCCCUGAUGAUGUCCUUAUUGUAAGUUGUUUGUUUUUGUUUUUUUUAAAUCCACAGUUGAAUCAAGGGCUACUUGUCUGAAUUGCCAUUUCUUACAUGUUCUUUAACUUAGAAUAGUCUUCCUGCCUUUUCCCCCAUGACCUUGGUUUUUUGGGGCGAUUCAGGCUAGUUUUUAUAAUGCGGAAUUCCUCAUUGGGGAGUUCUGUUUCUUUAAGAACUAGAUUCAGAUCGAACCCUUUAGGCAAGAAUAUGACCAUGGUGGGGGGUGUACCCAGGCUCCCCCCCAAAAUAACUUUUUUUUGUUUUAACUUUCAUUUAUAACUUUGGUUUAAGUUGGAUGAAACAUUGGACUUCAGUGGGUUUAAAUGCCCUAAACUGUAAACUCUAAGGUUUGAUUGUAUGACCUUGUAAUUAAACUUUUUUAACGAAAAAAGCAACGCCUGUUUAUUGAAGCAGUUCAGAAAUGCAUUACACACCAUUACCAAAUCCUGCCUUGAGAGCCACUGUUUGCAUUUUGUCUAGCUUUUCAGCAUCUGUUCUGUGCUUGUAAAAGAUGCACGUGGGUGUUCAUAUCUGGACUUUUUGUUUUACACAGUGCCUCGCGUAUGGUACGUAACGGUCCCUUUGGCAGCGCAGUUAUUAGAGUGAGCAAAGGCAAAGAGCUUGACGUGCGUUUUCUCUCACUUGAUUCCCAAAUGUGGGUGUAGGAAGUGGCCCCCGUGUUGGGGGUGAGGUGGGCUGGAGAAGGAGCAGCCAGGACAGAUCCUCCUUGGCCGGUGAGCACGUGCCCUGCGGUUUGGUGCGAUUCGGCGUCACAAGGCACGGUGCGUGGGUGAUGGUAGGCUGAGUCCACUCUGCGGCCCCCUAGGGGUCAAAGGGCCGGGGCUCCGACGCCUUAAAGGUGUCAGCUUUUAGUCAGCCUCUGGUGGGGGUUGCUUAGCGGGUAGGGAUUUGACAAAUCCACCUCCGAGAAAGUGUGAUGUUGCCCGUGAAUUUGAAGUAGGUGAUGGUUUGAAUUCUCUCUCCCAAGCAUCCUAGCGCGCAUGGACUUUCGGCCUCCGGGGCCGUGGGCUCAGGAGGAGGCAGGCACCCCCUGCCUUGGGGCGCACAGCUUUGGGUUUGGGGCCAGCGGCAGCGAGUCCCACGUGUCUUGGGGGCUAGCCGUGACCGUGCUCCU